AUGAACGAGGAAGACGAGUUCGGCAUGAGCAAACUGGUGCGGGACGCGGACCCGAUGGAGCAGGACGUCCAGAGCGCGGUCAGGGACCAUCAGGACUUUACGUUCCUCGACGUCGAAGCGAUUCGCGCUGCUGCUGCGCUCGAGGACAAGGGCGCGAUGCCGCUGUGGCUGACCCGCUUGCCAGUGGAGAAGGACCCGAGGCAGUGGACGAUUCUGGAAGUGCAUAUUCGUCCCGACCGGUCCUGGGACAUCAUCAAAGAGCUACUGGCAACUGUCUGCAUUAGCAAAGGACUGUUGAUUGCUGAAGAAGACGCUGAGUCGGUGCUGUUCCGCAAAAAAGUGAUGCAAGAAUCGAUGGCCCGUGGCAUGGCGAAUAUGGCUACAUUCCUCAACGUCUACGUGCGCAUUGGCAUUUCGUCGUCGAAGCUGCGGGUGAUUGAUAUUUGCACGUCGGUCGUGAACGAGAACAAGCUGCUGGGUGGCAUGAUGCCAACGGGACGGAGCAGCUUGUGGACGGCUUCCAAUGAUUCGCACAAGUACGCUCUCGACCAAUUGCUGGGAGCUUUUCAGUCGACACUGCUUAGUCAGUGUCUAUCGAUGAGUCAUCUGUACAUGUCUACUUCGGAGAACUCCAUGGACUCAGUUCAAACUGCUGAGCUGGAUGAAGGAUAUGUUGAGAACUUGAAAAAAGCGUUCAGCAGUGAAAUGAAGACCAAUAUGAGAGAUCUGUGCAUCCCCCUGGAAUCUUAUGCAUACGACCAAGAGCUUGCCUGCGCUCAGCUAAUCGGUUUGCUUGAACCGAGUCUGAAGAAGUGCGCGAUCAGGCUUGUAGGCACGACUGCAAAUGACGCGUGCUCGAAGGAGAGCGUAAUCGUUGCCGGAACACAACAAAUGUCAAUGAAGGAGAACGAUUCAGCUUCGAAACAAGGCCUGGCGUCUUUGCCGCAUGUGACUAAAACUGCAGAUAUCUCCUCGUCGACGCACCAGGCAACAUCAGUGAAACGUGAGAAAACCUACGGCGAAGUGAUUUCCGAAAUGGUCCAAAAGCUGCGAUGUGCAUGCAAGGAAGACUGUGAGAUACGACUACGUGCGAAAAUUGAAGAAAAGCGGCAACAGGUUACAGCACGCGUGGAAGCUGCGCAAAGUUUGCGCGUUCGUGCGAUCCGGGCAAUCAUGGACGCGAAAGAUGCACAAGUCUCAUGCCUCAAUGAACAUGGCGACGACAGCCGGAAUAACGUGCUCCUCUACGAGACCUCUUGCAUGGUAAACGGCAUUCCAGUCACCCUCCACGUCACUUAUGGCAACUUGAUCUAUCGGAUCAUGGUGCCCGUGUUCGCGCACACGGUGGUCAUCCCUUUUGACGAUGUACGAAACGUCGUUGAAACUGCGCCGUUUGGUAUCCAGGCAGUGUCGCUAGAGCUGGACUCGACAAAGCACGCGAAAGGGAUUACGAUUGCCACGGGACUCGAGGCGGAUUCGUUGUACCAGCUCCUGCACGAGCUCGUUUCAAUGCACCAACGUGAGACCGAGGCAAGUACUGCUGCUUUGCCGCUACUGCAGCAACGAGAACUGGAGCAGGACCCGAGCGUGCUCCAAAUGAUCUUGGGCUCGGGCGAAGAGGAGACGAAAGAGGACGAGGCGACAACGACUGCAGCAGUCGAGCCUAGGACAUCCGCGAGUGCUGAUGAUGGAUGCGGCGCAACCCGUGCCACGAAGUAA